ACUCGAAUUUUUUCAUUAUCGAACUGGUUCGGUUGUGUUUUCUUCUGAGAUAGUAAAAAUAUUGUUGGCGGCAUCAUCAGAACAGUCAUUUCGACCGCUUUUGAAUUCAUUCGAAAAAAAAUUCCUACUCUACUCAAGAACUUGUUUCUCUUUCGGAUCGAGAGCUUCGAAGAUUGGUUUCCGCUUCUAGAUUCUGCUUCGUGUCCUUAAAGAUGCUUCCCCUUUCUCUUCUAAAGACUGCUCAAGGGCAUCCCAUGUUGGUGGAAUUGAAAAAUGGUGAGACUUACAAUGGCCAUUUGGUUAACUGCGAUACAUGGAUGAACAUUCAUCUUCGGGAAGUCAUCUGUACUUCUAAAGAUGGUGACCGGUUUUGGCGAAUGCCUGAAUGUUAUAUUCGUGGUAAUACAAUCAAGUAUUUGCGAGUUCCAGAUGAGGUUAUUGAUAAAGUUCAGGAAGAAACCAAAAGCCGUACAGAUAGGAAACCUCCAGGUGUAGGGCGUGGGAGAGGAAGAGGGCGUGAGGAUGGUCCUGGUGGAAGACCAUCUAAAGGAAUGGGGCGAGGCUUCGAUGACGGUGCUAAAGCUGCUUCUGGAGGCCGUGGAAAGGGUAGCUCCGGUGGAAAACUCGGUGCCAACAGAGUUGGAGGCAGGGGCCGAGGGUGAUCGGAGUGAAACGGGUAACAGAUGAGAUGGACUAACUACAUUAUGUAAGCCCUGCUCAGUUUUCUCGUCAGUGGCUAUGUGUUUUCAUUUUUAUGCAUUUUCUUUUCGUCUGCAUUCUGAAGUGAAUAUUUAUGUAAUUUUCAUGCCAGCCCUCUACCAAAGUUGUACACGACACGAACAGUUCAGUUUAUUGGUUCGUAGUCUUGGGAAUAGGUAUAUAGAUAGUCUCGUGUUUUCGAGAUGUUUUAGAGGGGUUGGGAGGCUAUAUGUGAUCAAUUUAGGUACACAGAAUAUUUGAAAAGGUAUUAUGAUCAAAUUCUAAACACCUGUUAAGUAGGUGUUUAUGGUUGAUAUCAUGAAUGCUCAAAAUCUAGGAUUGAUCAGUUCUGGGAGUAUCAUCAUCAGAUAAUCAAUGAUAUAGAGGUUCUGUUCAUCUAAGAUGCCUUGACUCUUAUGAAAUCUAUCUGAUAUGUAUGUCAUUGUUAAGACACUUCUAACAAUGCCAAUGUGCCAUACUCGAGGGUGAUGAUGCCGGUGGCUAUGGGCGACUAUGGCAAAUGUAUCGACUCGUGACUAUCUAGUCUACGAUGCCUCCAUUGGUACCCUCCUAGAACCCACAAACUCUAGUGUGCCUAUGUUCAUGAUACAAUAUGUAAGGAUUUUUUUUGAGAAUAGUAUGAAUCAAUCACUGGUUACAUUCGUUUGAA